AAAAAAAUGAGAAUCGUUCCUCGCACAAAAUGGGAGCUGCCAAUCGGAGAUUCGAGUUCCUACUGGGAUCAAAUAAUCGGAAAUGUCGAGCAGCAGGCAGCUAAAGUGAGAAAACCAUCAUCACCUCUGUUUUCACCGUGAUCUUUAACCUUUCCUCUAGAGAGUAGUGCCAGCAGUGACGUUGCUUUUGACAAAAUUUCAAAUCUCUCAAAUAUUAAAGAUAAAACAGAUAUCAAUGAACCGGUUGUUAAAAUAUUACCUCCGUCACCUACUGAUGAGGAAACCAAACACACAAAUUUUACAGUAGAUACGUUAAAUACUAAGUUAGUAGAUAGCAGCAACGUAAAAUUAAUUAUUAAUAAUGACGACAAUGGGAAGUCGAGUAUUUCAAAAAGCGAACGCGAAGAAGUUACAAGUGAGCAGAAUUUAAUGAACAAUCAAAUAAUUAAUGAUAAUGAUGAAAAAUUAAAUCCAUUUCCGUUGAGAAAAAUUUCGCAGAUGUCUAAUAUAUCUAAAUGUGUUAAUGAAUUUUUGAAAACUACGAGGAUUAAAGUCACCUCGAGUUCUGUUGCUAAAAAUGUUAUUUCGCCUUUGCAAGAGACACAAAGUAAUGAUAAGAGUUCUAAGCAUCUUUUAUUAGGCGAAAAGUCAUUCACUGAGUCUAAGAAUCGAGGAGAAAUAGUAGAAUUUGUUGAAGAAAUUUAUGAUGGGAAUAAAGAUGAAGAGAAAAUUGACGAAAAUGAUGAGCGAGAUAUGGGAAGUGAGCGGGAAGAAGGUUAUGAGACUGUGGAUUCAAAUAAAAAACGUGUUUGCUUUUUUGAAGUAAAAGAUGAUGAGGAAAAUGAUAAAAUUUGUUAUACGGAGUACCGACGAACACCGAGACCGAGAGCGCCAAGUAUCGCUGUCGCUAGUUCGGUACCCAGUUUUGGGCGGAUUGUUUCAUCUUUUGAAUCCACGGAUUCUGUUGAAAAUUAUUUAUUGAAUGGGAGUUCUGGCGAUACAAAUAUUCCGGCGAUUCGCUUCGAAACAGAUAAAAAUGUACAAGCAUCGAAUGGAAACAAGACGAAAAGUAAUUUUUUAAAUAUUCCUGAUGUUAAAAAACCGAUAGCUGCUUUUUAUCCCCGAAUGAAACAGCACCAUGAACUAGAAAGAAAAGUGGGAUUUACAAAACCGUAUGAAGCCAAAGAAUUGAGAUACUCGAGAAAAUUCAGACAAUGGCCGAAAAAAUCAAUCGUUCACGUUCUCCAAGCUUUAAAAUUAAUGAAAACUAGUCAAAAUGCCAAAAGAAAAGUAGCACAUGAGCGUAAUAUAUUUUUUGCCCAGCCUCUUCCGAUCCAUUCGUUUUCUCCGGCUGAAGAAUCAUCUGGUUCGAGCAUUGAUCAUGAUUUAAUUGAUCGCUCUAUUGAUUCACGGUCUGACAUCCGCGAAGAUGAAUCAACUUCGACGUCUUCAACGUCUUCGUGUUCUUACUCGAGUGUCAGAAAAAGACUGAUUAAAAAUUCCCCCUUGCAGCGGGAAAAAAACGCAUUGUCCUCAUCGGGACUCAUUGAAGACGCGAAAAUAAAAUUCGACUCAGCACUAGGUCAAACCAGCACCGGACUCUACGAUUCUGGGAUCGAUGAUCGCGAACCAGAGAAUACAUCAACUUUGUCGCUUAAUAAAUUCGAGAUUAAUUUAGAAAAUUUACCCCAAAUAAGUGGAAUGUAUCCACGCAAAAAGAGUGAUAAAUGUUUGGCAUGUUUGCAUUCAUCAAUAAACAAAAACCCUGCAUGUCUAAGCAAGUCAUAUAAUUUUUAUCAAAACGUCUACCAACCAGCGUCACCUGCAUCAGAUGAACUAAUAAUCGAUGAACUAAACCACAUACUGAGGAAAGGUUCAUUAAAUUUUCGAGAUGACACUUUUCAUUCUGAGCGCACAAGUAAUUUCGAGUGCUCGGAUAUUCAAUCUGAAUUAUUCGAAAAUAACGAAAUGGAUGAGAAGACGAAAACUUGUAGAGUUUAUCCAUCAGCAAUUGUAACGCUUGAGGAAUCAAAAACUCGAGAUCACUUGUCAUCAAAUUUGUCAGCCCGAAAAUUCGAAUUAAUGAGUGACAAGAAAAGCGUCGUGUCUUCAAAAUCAUACAUGUCAACAUUGUCGUUAGCUUCGGACCGUUCGAAAACAACAUCUGAUCAAGAGGACUCUUCCGAUCAAGCUUUCGAGGAAACCGGUGGAAUGGAAGAAGGAAUUGGUGAAUCAAAAUCUGGAUUACUGGCACCCUGCCAUGCCCCUUUGAAUUUUCGACCCAGUCUUGAGCCACUAAAAGCACUCCGUACUAAGAAAGCACGCUCGAUACAAUCGCGAAUGGCUUCGCUUGAAAAGUCAACAAACAUUGAAAGCGAUGAUAAAAGCGAAGAGGAUGAUAUUCUACCAAUAGCCAGUGCCAAAAUUAACGACAACAAUGCCUCGGAGGAUAAAACCACUUCCAAGUCAAACCUCGACAAUAAAGCACCGGCUGAUUUUCCUACAAUAGAAAAUGAUAAAUAUCAAGAUCGGGACCAUUCCUGCGAUCCGAUUAAAGGAGAUAGAGCUGAGGAACCAGGUGAAUUUUCUGACAUGAUUGACAAAUUUAACUCCAAGGAUGAAUCUUUCAGGCAGCUUGUGAUCAAUGAAAUUGAAGAGACGGUUUUGCGAGCCAAGUCUCAGUCGCGAAAAUCGUCGACAGCCGAAGAGAUAUUUUACAAAUUAAAUAUAGCCUCCGAGGUAUUGGAUCAUAAUCUGAGUGAUUUAUUCCAGCCAUCGUCACCAAUUAUAGCAGAUAGGGAAAUUGUUGAAAUUUUACUGAAUUUGUUAAAUGAAAACAGCAGUUUUGAAAAAAUAAUGAAUUAUCUUGCAAGUGUAUUUUCAAAUCGUAUUGAAAAAUAUUCGCGUGAACAAAAAUCGGAUACUAAUAAAAUAGAGAAAGUAACGAAACGUUUGCUGGCACUGCUCGUUAACUCAAAGCUGUAUUUAGGUAAUCGUAAAAAAUCCACUGACAAUAACUUAUCCUAUAAACAGAAAACUGCCAUAAAUUCCCGACAGUUGAGACGAGUCCUUCCUGUUAAAUCGUAUAACCUAAUAGCCCCUAUCCUGGGAAUCCCAUCCUGGCACCCCAAACACUGGACGUCGAUAAAGGAUGCGCGUAAACUAAAAAUAGCUUCGAAAACUGCUACCACUAAAGUUAAGAGCCAGCCCAGUGUUAGAUUUUCCCACCGACGAGAGUCAGAAAUAGAAUCCGAUUUAGUUGUUCAUCCGCCGUCGUUGAAAAAGUCUGCUCUAAUGGAUGACCUAGACGAGUCUCAUAAAAAAAAGCUGAUGAAUCCCUAUGUUUCAUUCUUACUCAAGCCACGGAGAGAGGCAAUAAUUUGGCGGCCUCUAACAGAACGCGACCUCGAAGGAUAUGAUCCUGACGCGACGUUGAAUAAACGUGCAGCCAAAGUUACCGACAUUAUUUGCGCAGAGUUUUGCCAGUGGCUGAGAAACCUCGGCGGGUUUGAUACUACCGUUGAUGAGGAAGUGCUCAAGGACAUGUUCGAAACUGAUUUCACUGUCGAUAUCUCUAAAGUAAUGCAAAUGUCACAAAAAGAAUUGCCUGUGGUACCGACUGCUGUUGCGCAAGUAAAGAACUGUCCCGAAGCCGGUGAGCUAGAGAGAACGAGGAGACACUUGAUAGAAGAUGCUAAAGCAGAGCGUGAAAAGACCAGACUGGUUGGCUUCGGUUCCUCUCUACCGAGAGUUCUAAAAUAUGUACCGCCUAAUAAUAAAGUGGAGGUAAAUUGGAUGCGAUGUGAAAAUGUACCCCAAGAUUUGGAAUCGAUGGAAGCUGUUUGGAAGGGCAUCACCCAUCUCGACAGUGUCAAAGGAUUCUCCGACUGGCUAAAUAUUAAUUCAAUGGAACCUCCGGAAAUUUUAAAACAUCCUACUCGCAAGACCGCAGUGAAAUAAUUCUUGGUAAAUUUUUUAUUGCAAAAGUUUUUAGAUGGAAUAUUUUGUUUUUCUCUGAAACAAUUUUAUAAAAAGAUUUUUUUGCAUUUCUCUAAUUAAAAAAAUAAAAAAAAAAAAAUAUUCAAAGAAAGUGUAGCGUAUUUGAGAGCAUCUCUUAAUUUUACAAAUGAGGAUGGCCGGAGUUCACGCGUCGACAGCUCGCUUGUAACCCGGGUCUGGCUGUGACAGAGACCGGGAUUUCUGUCAGAGCCAACAGCAUCAUAAGGAUACGAUCUUCGAAAGUCUCUUAUUUAAGAUUCGCCUCUAUUUCUCAUCGUCUUAACAAUAUUUACAGCUCAAUGCAACUCACUGC